AUGGCUCAGCAGCCUGGCUGCCAACCAGUGCAGCAGGGGUUAACGGUCGCCAUGGUGACCUGCCAGGCUCUGGUACCUCGAGCUGCAGCACCCGCAGAGAGCCUGGCUAUUGCUGGGGGGGGAGAGAGCUCCUUCGCAGCCUCCGCCCGCGGUCCCUCUCGGUGCCAUACGAGCUGGCUGCCGGGUGCUCGCCGGCUGCUGCGUCCCCCCGCCCGCCCCGAGCCUGUCUGCAGCGGGGCAUGGACCGGGGCGCCCGCGCCCUGCGCCCCGCCGAGCUCGCCACGCGCCCCGGAGCCCCCCGCGCCCCCUGACCGCUCCCGGGGCCGGCGCCGGACCAGAGACUCGCCCACCCCGCUCUGCAUCCGCACGUGGUUAGAGAGUUUUAGGACCCAGGACUCCUGGGUUCCAGAGACGAUCCCCUGUCCCCAGCCACAAGUGGGGAGGAGGGUGCUGGUGCAAGGAAGUCCUCGUUGUCUGGUUGGGUGGGUGGCCCCACCCCGUCCCCCUGUCAAGCUGGAGUCCCUGAAGCGCUGGAAUGAGGAGAGGGUGGUGUGGUGUGAGAAGGGGGUUCAGAUCCUCCUCACCACCGUCGGGGCCUUCGCAGCCUUCGGCCUCAUGACCAUCGCCAUUGGCACCGACUACUGGCUCUACGCCCGUGCCUUCAUCUGUAACACCACCAACAUCUCCAGUGAGGAAAUGCCCCACAAGGACAAGAAGGACCCAGGGGGCCUCACCCACUCUGGCCUCUGGAGGAUAUGCUGCCUGGAAGGCCUGAAGAGGGGUGUGUGCGUGAAAAUUAACCACUUCCCCGAGGACACAGAUUACGACCACGACAGCGCAGAGUAUCUCCUGCGUGUGGUCCGCGCCUCCAGCAUCUUCCCGAUCCUCAGCGCCAUCCUGCUGCUGCUGGGGGGGUUCUGCGUGGCCGCCAGCCGGGUCUACAAGUCCAAGCGCAACAUCAUCCUGGGCGCUGGGAUCCUAUUCGUCGCUGCUGGCCUCAGCAACAUCAUCGGGGUGAUUGUGUACAUCUCGGCCAACGCCGGGGACCCGGGCACCAAGCGGGAUGACGAGAAGAAAAGCCACUACUCCUACGGCUGGUCCUUCUACUUCGGGGGCCUGUCCUUCAUCUUGGCCGAGAUGAUCGGGGUGCUGGCUGUCAACAUCUACAUCGAGAAGAACCGGGAGGCCCACUGCAAGAGCCACACCGAGCUGCUGAAGAACCCCUCGUCCUCCUCCAACGCCAUCCUGCGCCUGCCCAGCUACCGUUUCCGCUACCGGCGCCGUUCCCGCUCCAGCUCCCGCUCAACCGAGCCCUCGCAGUCGCGGGACGCCUCGCCCGUGGGCCUCAAGGGCUUCCCCUCCACCGACAUCUCCAUGUACACCCUCUCGCGGGACCCCUCCAAGGCCAACGUUAGCAGCCUCUACGGGGCUGAGCGGGAGGGGGCCGGCGGGGGCUUCCUGCAGCUCCACAACACCUUCCCCAAGGACCCCGGCGUGACAGUGACGGUGACAGGGCCCGGCGCAGCCGGCACCACCGGCACCCUGGGCAAGGACGCCUCCUCCAACACCAACACACUCAACCGGAAGACCACACCCGUUUAGGGCAGCUGGGUGGGGGGCUAGUGCCGGGGGAUGGGGCCGAGGGAUGCAGCGGCCGUGGGGAGCUGUGGCGCAAGGUGGGGUGGGAGGACGUUAGGCUAAUGGAGGGGCAUUCUUAGCAAAGUGUCUUUCGAACCCUGUGUUCCUUCCCUCCUGCGUUCGUUCCUUUGUUCAUUCCUUCGUUCAUUUGUUCUCUUUUUAAUUUUAACUUUUACUAAUUCUUUCUUUCUCCAUUCUAGUG